UUGAUGAACAUAGUCAACAUUGAGCAACAAAUUUGUUGUUAUUUUAUUGAUAUUCAAUUCAUUUCGAGGAGUGUUUUUUAAAGCGCGUAUAACGAGAACAAUGAAAAAAGUAUCCGGAGGAAGUAGCGAAAGGAAACUGAUAUUCGAUGAUGUCACUAUUGAGCACAAAUGCAUUUUGCCAGCUCGUCCAGAUAUGAUUCAAAAACGCGUUUCAGGUGAUAAAAAACCAGUUUCAUUUCUUCUUCGUCGUAUUGUAAUUUGGGAUGAUAACCCAAACACGAAAAAACACUUUCAAUCAAGUGAUGCAGUAUAUAAGGAAAUUAUACGUCACAUAUUCAGUAAUUAUUGGUACAUUAUACACCCAUACAGCCGCUUCAGAAAUUACUUACGUAGCCAAUUUAUUUUCGACUUCCUAUCGACGUUACCAUUCGUUUCAAUUUAUCGGCUUAUAGAUGAUCAAAAUCCCAUAAAGUCUAUAACCACAUUGAGAAUUAUAACAUUUCAUAUUGUCUUCUUAUUCAAAUUCUUUCGAUUUUCAUCGAUUCCUCGUGCACAAAAUUACACUGAUGAUCUUAUGACUUACUUGUAUCUUCCGAAUCAAAUGAGCCCUGCAAUUGUCGAAUUAUUAAACCCUGACGUGCCAUUUUACAUCAAAUAUUCUCGGAUUCUUGACUUUAUCAUUUGGGCAUUUUUCGAUACGUCAUUUGGUAGUGACACGGAUGUUUACAUUCCAGGAAAAUUAAUCUCAGCAGGAUGCAUGUUCAUUGGACUUGGCUACAAUUUGUAUAUUCUUGUACAAAUUUUAAGCAUCAUGAACAUUAUUCAUUCAUCGAGAACGAAAUAUUAUGAAAUUAUGAACCAACUGAAUGCAUAUAUGAAGAAAAGGCAAUUUCCAAUGCACUUACAGCAGAGGCUAAGGUUCUUUUACAAGAAGAAAUUUCGUAAAUCAUAUUUCAAGGAAGAUGAAAUUUUGGAUAUAUUAUCUGAACCCUUGAAACGUGAAAUUUUAAUAAAUGCAGACAAGUUAUUUGUGGAACGCGUAAAGUUGUUUAAAAACAUACCGAGUAGUCUGGUCAGUUCGAUUGCUGCCAGUUGCAGAAAGGAGCAAUUCCUUCCUAAUGAUCUGAUUGUUAAAGCAGGAACAGAUGGUGAAUGUAUGUUCUUUAUUGCAUCAGGAAGCGUUUGCGUAACAACCUCAAAUGGACAAGAGUUAUGUCAUGUAGAAGAUGGUGAUUAUUUUGGCGAAAUUGCCUUCAUCUUAAAGAACAGAAAGCGCAUAACCAAUGUAAUAGCCAUUGAAUUUUGUGAGAUUUAUAUUCUCGAUUAUGCCAAUUUAAAGAAAUAUGCACAAAUUAAUGAUACAAUUAUGCAAAAGCUCACCGACUCCGCAAAUAAUCGUAUGGAAGUGACACUGGAGGCCGAAGAGAUGUUUAAGAAGCAAUUGGAUGAGAAAAUUCGUGAAUCUGCUAAAGAUACUUUUAGAUAUGAUGUUAAUUAAGCUUUUUCUCAUACAAGACUGAAUUACAUUAAGGCAGCAUAACCAAAAUUGGAUGUGUACGCGCAGCAAUGAAUAAAAUGUGAAGUGAAAAUGGAUUGUGGCUGCUGCCGCAAAGAUGAGUAGAAUAAGGCAAUGCAAGAUUUUUUUACGCCUUACUUUGUCGUUCCUUCUUCUUGCUUUUCUUAGCG